UAUCUCACAUUUCUUGGAUGUUGAAAGAGCUGGAAAAAACAUGGUGGAGAAGAAGCUGAAUUUCAACCAACCAAUAUUAUCUGCGAGAAAACACUCCCACAAGGUGACCUCACACAUAGUUGAUCAAAGGGAAGGCUUCCCAGUCAUACAUAGGCUUCCUCCUCACAGACCAGAGAACUCUGAUCAUGUGGGGAACCCGGUCUCUGUUCCCUUCCAGUGGGAACAAAUCCCGGGGCGGCCAAAGGAAGAGAUCCUAGCACAAUCUCAUGACUAUGCUAGGCCUUUCGUGUGGGAACAAAUCCCGGGGCGGCCAAAGGAAGAUAUACUAACACAAUCUCACGACUAUGCUAGGCCUUCUGUGUGGGAACAAAUCCCGGGGCAGUCAAAGGAAGAUAUCCUAGCACAAUCUUACAACUAUGCUAGGCCUUUCGUUUCCACAGAGCCUCCGUGCAGGGUGGAAGCUCUGCGAGAAACUAGUUCGGAUUCUGAUGCAAGUAGCGAACCAGUUGUAGGCGAAAUACACGAUUUAGGAGUCCGCCAACGAGAACACGAGAGAAGGAAAGUAGUGUAUCAAGAUAAGUCAAUAGUGCUCCACUGCAAGCCUAGUUUCAAGAGAGGAGGGAGUGGUCAGCAUGAGAAUGUGAUCAGAGUGUCUUGCUUGAUGCCUCGAGCUUUCCUGAAAAGUUCGGUCUGCAGCCUGAGCCCCGUUCCUGCAAUGAGCCGCGCCCACGUGAUGACAUUUCCUGGUAGCAGAAUGCUGUGUGAAUCUGCAGUGCCUGGCUCCUCAACAGACAGUGAGAAUGAGGUAACGAGUCGUGAGGCGAGGGGUUACCAACAACAGCACUGGCCGUUUCAUGUAGAGGCGCCACGCAAGAAGAGCCUCAGAACCUUGCGAGAACUACUGGAUGCUGAUGAUGCUGCAAGAAUUGUGGAGAACAGUGAGAGUUAUGUGAAGACAAGUGGUGAGAUGAAGAUGAAUGGAGAAUCAGCUUCAGAUUCAGAAUCAGACCAAGAUUCAAGCGGUGAAGAAGAUAUUCGGACUGCUGUUAACGAAGCAGCUGAGAAUGCAAGAAAGCGGCUACCAAGAGAGGGAGAUGCUCCUCCACCUCCACCACCACCGCUUCCGAAAUCUCCAUCAGAUUCUUGGCUUUCUCGCACUCUGUCGUUCACCUCUGUGAGGAAGACACGGAGCUCUGUUUUCACGUCUCGGUUAAGCAACAAGUACUACUAAAUACAGCAGCUGAUAUAUAGUGUGGAAGGCUAACAUUUGAACCACACUGUUAUAAUUUCCAUUUCUCUGAGGUAACUUCUAUGCUUAUUUCAGUGAUUUCCAGAUGUAAUUC